CCUUGCAUGUGCAUACGCAUAUAUACUCAUCUCUCUCUGUAGGCGGUAGAAGAGAGGAAAAGGGAAGGUGCGUCAAACGUAAAAGGCCCGGAAGGCCGAUAUCCCGAUUUUCGACUUCGACUUCCGACAAUCACUUCAGGUUGGGCAUCAAUGGCUGCGGUAGCCCUCUGGGCAAUCGAAGGAAGCAGCCCGCUUGCACGGUUGUUGCCGUAAGUCGUCGAUUGCGGUCGCCGGUGAGUCGGAAUCGAAGUCGAGUUACGUCACGUCGUCGGAAUCAUCGAUUACUGACUCAUCUGAGUCCGAAUCUCGUGGCUUGCAGUUGCUCUCGGUGACUCGAUUCCGUCCUCUCUCAAGCCAUCUCUCCAGCCCGUGCAUGUCAUGGUCACGGCCGGUGGCGGCGCAGUCGACGCCGUCACUGAAGCGACGGCCGUGAUCUGGGUUGCGAAGUAGAAGGGCAUUGCUUUCGGGGUUCAGGGAAGAGUCGGGUGAAAGUGAUGACACCCGGACCGACCCGUUUCAUUUUUGGGUUUGGACCUUGGCCCGACUCGAUUUCAGUUCUGCCCGACCCAUUUAGAGCAAUCUGGGCUCAUUUGGGCCUAAGCCCAUUCAGUUAGCUCGGCCCAGCCCGAUUCAGGACAAAUUGCGCUCAACAGCUCCUUUUGUCAACACUUUGACCAAAUCUGUCAUAGUUUGACAAGGGCACGCAACGAGUUCAGCAAAUCCAUUUUAUUCUUUACAUCCCUUGGGUUUAUCUUGACCAUCAUCAUUCCGUCCUGGAUGCAAUUUGUUCAAGAUUUUAAUCUGCAUCCACUUUUGUGGGUCAUUUCUUUUGUUUUUCAAGAUCCCCUAAAGAGGUUAUCCUUAUGUAUGUAUUGGGCGGCUUUGAUAUAUGCAUCAGUUUCAAGGUUUUACCACAUCUCAAAGGACAGUACAGUUGAAAGGAUUCUUCUUCGAAAGUAUUACCAUCUGAUGGCUGUUUCAAUGUUUUCACCUGCUCUGAUAUUGCAGCCAGAGUUCCUGGAUCUUGCGUUUGGUGGAGCAGUGGCAGUUUUCUUGGUAUUGGAAAUUAUACGAGUCUGGAAGAUUUGGCCUUUGGGGCAACCUGUCCACCAAUUUAUGAAUGCAUUCACAGACCAUCGUGACUCUGAUUUGCUAAUUAUAAGCCACUUUUCUCUCUUAUUGGGGUGUGCUCUUCCUAUAUGGAUGUCUUCUGGGUACAAUGAUCGUCCUCUUGCACCCUUCGCUGGAAUUUUGAGCCUUGGGAUCGGAGACACCAUGGCAUCGAUGGUCGGCCACAAGUAUGGUGUCCUUAGGUGGAGCAAAACGGGGAAGAAGACUAUUGAAGGCACUGCAGCUGGUAUAACAUCUGUUUUAGUUGCUUGCUCUGUUCUCCUCCCAGUUUUGACCUCAAGCGGAUAUAUAUUGUCACAGCACUGGUCCUCGUUGGUUUUGGCCGUAGUAGCGAGUGGUUUGCUCGAGGCUUAUACUGCACAACUCGACAAUGCUUUCAUACCCCUCGUAUUUUACAGCCUUCUCUGCCUGUAGAUGCAGCAGCUUCCUUCCACCUCCUAACCAUAGAUUACUGAUCAAGAAGCUCGUAAACUGCUCAAUUCUUUCAUACGAAACAGAUGGAGAUGUUUUCACAUGUUUUGUAUAUUAAUGAUUCUUGUGCUUCUCUUGGAGCACACUUUUUUGUAGAUAUAUCACUCAGAGAUAUCGAACCCUGCUGUAUAGAUUCACAAGUAGAGAAAGCAUAGCUCUUAGCACUGGUAAUAUCGAGUUUAGUCCUCUUAUAUAUCAACGCAUACGAGUGAUGAUGUUUUCCGGGAGAUUGUAGAGUCGGCAGCAUCCAGUUGCCAAGGUUCCAACUGUUGUAUUCUGUUUCUGCGAGUAACAUUAGUGUAAUAAUACUCCCUCGGUGAAUUAUCUAUUGAAAUCACUUGGUUAUGCAAGUAACA